UGGGGCCAUGGCGGUGGGGCUGGAGGAGGCGUUCGGCGCGGCGGGGGAGUUCGGCGGCGGCCAGCGGCGCCUCACCGCCUUCCUGGUGCUGCUGCAGGUAUACGUGGCUUGUCAGUCGAUGCUUAUUGUGCUUGUGGGAGCUGUGCCUGAAUAUCAUAUAGACCAAGAAGGAACUCCAGCGAGCAGAGCUGAGCUUGUCAAGCAUAUCCGUUUUGCAGCCAACUUCACAUCUAUAGUAACUGAGUGGUACCUAAUUGAACAGGAAGCCUACAAAGUAAGCCUUGCGUCGUCCCUGUUUUUUGCUGGUUUGCUUAUUGGAAAUAUCACAUUUGGCCCUUUGUCAGAUAAACUGGGCAGGAAACCAGUGUACAUCUCGGGUCUGUUUUUUGAUGUCAUUUUUGGGUAUGUCACAGCAUUAGCUCCGAAUUAUGACACAUUUGCAGUUUCACGUUUUUUUGUGGGAAUUGUGAAUGGUGGAAUGGCUCUUGUAUCUUUUGUCCUAACACAAGAAUAUGUAGGAAAAUCAUUUUGGUCGUUUACAGGUUCAUUAACUAAUUUGACAUUUGCAGUUGGCAUUGCUGUUUAUGCUUUGCUGGGUUACUGUGUAAGAGAAUGGCGUUACCUUGCCUUGGUAUCAAAUACUCCAGGAGUCAUCUUCCUCCUCCUUUCUUUUAUGCUCCCGGAAUCACCACGAUGGCUCUAUUCCCAAGGGAAAACGGCAGAAGCUGAAGAUGUGCUGCAAUAUAUUGCCCUUGGUAAUGGAAAAGAGAGAUUAAAUCUAAAAUUAAAACCAAGUGCAGGAACUCUGAGAAAGGAUGAAUCAGCACCUGGCAUCCUAAACUUAGUAAAACACCCAGUCCUUCGGUGGCGAACCAUCAUACUGAUGUACAUCUGGUAUGUCUGCAGCUUUGUAUACUAUGGACUAACUUUAAAUGCUGGUGAAUUAAGAGGAAAUCUGUAUUUAAAUAUCGCUCUUUCUGGUCUUGUAGAAGUUCCAGCAUUUCCUCUCUGCAUGUUUUUUAUUGAGAAGUCCUGGUCUGGAAGACGUAAAACUAUGACAUGUUUUCUGAUAUUUGCAGGAUUUGCCUGUAUAUUUACCAUGUUUUCACCAACAAAUUAUGGUCUGCUUCUCAGUCCCACUUUGCUAGCUUUGUGUGGAAAAAUGAUGGUCAGUGCUGCUUUCAACAUUGUGUAUAUUUAUACGUCUGAACUAUACCCGACAGUCCUGAGGAAUGCUGGCUUGGGUGUCUGUUCCAUGUCUUGCAGAUUUGGGGGCAUUUUGGCUCCAUUUGUGCCAUCUAUGAAAUCUCUUGGUCCUUCUGUCCCGUUCGUGGUGUUUGGAAUCAGUGGACUGUCAGCAGGAUUCCUGACUCUCCUCCUGCCAGAAACACUAAAUAAGCCAAUUGCUGAGAGCAUUGAAGAUCUCCAGAGUCCCAAAUACCAAGUGCUUAAAAAUGAAGAGGCAGAGCAAACCACUUAGAAGAAAACACUUAGAUUUCAGAAGGCCUGUCUGUGGUGGAAAAUGAAGUCUCUACUGAGAAGUUGCUGUGACAGUUGAAGGGCAGAUUUCUGGUCUGUCUGCCAGGAAUGUUGGAGCACUCAUGUAUAAUGCUGUUUGUAGCAUGUUGAACAGUUUUAUGUGGAGGCAAAUUGAGAAGAUGGAAGAAGUUGAUCAAAGCUUGCGAGAAGUGACAAAUCUGUGCAUUAAUGUAAUGACUUAAGCGUACUUUGGGUGUUUGGACUUCUCUACGCCUUCUUAAAAUGAAGUAUUAAGUUAUUUUACAGAAAGUAAUUGCUAGCUUCAGAUUAAGCUAUAAUGUUGCAAUUGAAGUAGUGUAUAAUUUAAAAUUUAGAUGGCCUUAUAUAUUCAGGCAAGCUGUAAUCGUGAAAAGCAACUGCAUCCUGUAUAUGCCUAUUUUCUCUACGGGACUUUUUGCCUCUAAAUGACUGUAUACCUCACGGUGUGGAGAGACCAAAGAUUUCUCUGGGUUGUUGGCCUUAAUAUGUCUAGUGUAAGAAAGCUGCACAGGGUGUCAGAAAGGAGAAUAAAUGGAUUUUAUUACAGGAGUAAAUAAUUUUUCAACACAGUUGUACCUGAAAAGAUACAUAAAGUUAAAAGUAAUACUAUAUUGGAAAAAUGAUGUCAGGCUUUUAAGACAUGCAUUUAAAGGAGUGGAUGAAUAACCUUUCAAACAAAGGUUACUGAGUUCUAGCUGUACAUGUAGAACUGGAAAUUACUGAUCAUGACUCAUAUAUUGUAUCAUAUAUGUAAUAAUAUGUAAUCCAGUGUAUUUCACAUGUGAAUUGGAAAUUCUUCCAAUUCCAAAUGUUACCAUUUUUUGAUGGCCAAUACAAUUUUGUUAUUAAAAA